GGGGCGGGGCCAAGGGCUUCUCCCCAGCUCCGCACAGCGGAGCGUGAAUCUUUAAGUCUCCAGUUUAGAAAAGCCUGUGCAAAACCUACGAGAAGCCACCGUACUUAUCAGCAGAUCUCUUAUGAUUGUUUGGUAAACGCUCUGCGGGUUUGCACAGGUCACCUCCCUCGGAGCUCGGCGACUGAACGUCGGAGCCGGAGCCGGCCCUCGGCCCCCCUGCAGUCGGAAGGUUACGUCCGCGGGAGCCCUAGAGGCGGUGGCGGCGGCCCAGGAAGGAGCAGCAGCGCUCGCCCGGGCUCUUGCUCUUGCAGAACUCCCAAGAUCUCUCGUAAAGAAAUUUGUAGUCAGAGCUUUGUGCUGCAUUCUUAUUCAGGAAAGAAGCAGGAAGAAAAGAGUGUCAUUUCCUAGGACUCCAGUACUAGAGAAACUCAUAACUGCAUUGGCCAGGAACCCUAGACUUACUUAGAGGAGGAUCUUUGACUCUCCACUGAUCCAGAGGCUUCUCAGGCUCCAUGGGUGCAUUGUUGCGGUGCCCAGAGAGCCUGAAACAGACACAUCUCUUACCAAAGGUGACAUCCGUCUAAGCCUAAUAAGUUUUGUUCUCUUGGAAGUGCCUGACUUAUGCAACCUCUGUACCGACUUGUAUUUGUUCUUACACAAGUGAAGGAGGAGAAUUCUUCCAAGGAUGGUCUCCCAUUCAGAGUUGAGGAAACUUUUCUGUUCAGCUGACGCAGUAUGCUUUGAUGUUGAUAGCACAGUUAUCAGAGAAGAAGGAAUUGAUGAGCUAGCCAAAUUCUGUGGAGUUGAGGAUGCUGUGUCGGAAAUGACACGGCGAGCCAUGGGCGGGGCAGUGCCUUUCAAGGCUGCCCUCACAGAGCGCUUAGCUCUGAUCCAGCCCUCCAGGGAACAGGUACAAAGGCUCAUAGCAGAGCACCCCCCACACCUGACUCCUGGCAUAAGGGAGCUAGUAAGUCGCCUGCAAGAGCGAAAUGUUCAGGUUUUCCUAAUAUCUGGGGGCUUUAGGAGCAUUGUGGAGCACGUUGCCUCAAGGCUCAAUAUCCCAUCGACCAACGUAUUUGCCAAUAGGCUGAAAUUCUACUUCAAUGGUGAAUAUGCAGGCUUUGAUGAGAUGCAGCCGACAGCCGAAUCUGGUGGGAAAGGAAAAGUUAUAAAACUUUUAAAGGAAAAGUUUCAUUUUAAGAAAAUAGUCAUGAUUGGAGACGGAGCCACAGACAUGGAAGCCUGUCCUCCUGCUGAUGUUUUCAUUGGAUUUGGAGGAAAUGUGAUCAGACAACAAGUAAAAGACAACGCUGAAUGGUACAUCACUGAUUUUGUAGAGCUUUUAGGAGAACUGGAAGAAUAAUAUCAUUUUUAUACAGUUUAUAACAACUUUGGUUAAUUUUUAAAAAGUUAUACAGUUUGAUACUGUUUGAUUAAAGUUCCCUAUUACAACUUAAUAUAUAGAUUUGGUACUGAUUAUCUGUACUUCCAAGUAAACUAUGGAAAAUUGCUUUUUAUAACUGCAGUCCUAGUAUUGUUAUGACUAUUAAUUACCUGGAUAGUUUUAUAAUCUGAAUUCUUUAUGUAUUUUCCUAGCUAUAUUUUACUUGAAGCCUUUUAAAGAUGGAUAGUAACUUAAACACCUUCACUGUUGGAAAUACGGGUUAGGCAGCUUUAGGUGAAUAUUGGUUUUUCCCUGUGGUAGGUAAAUAAAAGUAUGUAUUAGAACAGA